CCUGGAAGCAUCCAAAUAUGGUAGAGGCCCGGGGUGGGUACCUUUGUGAAUGGUGGAGGUUGUGUAUAUAAGCUGACCUGGCAGCAGAGAGGACCGUAGCUGGUUCAGCAACAGCACUGGUUGGGUCAUUCUCUCCAAGCCGCAGACACUCACCUAAGAAGCCAACAUGUGUGACGACGAUGAGACUACCGCCCUUGUGUGCGACAACGGCUCCGGCCUGGUGAAGGCUGGCUUCGCCGGAGACGAUGCCCCCAGGGCCGUGUUCCCCUCCAUCGUUGGCCGCCCCCGUCACCAGGGUGUCAUGGUCGGUAUGGGUCAGAAGGACUCCUACGUCGGCGACGAGGCCCAGAGCAAGAGAGGUAUCCUGACCCUCAAGUACCCCAUUGAGCACGGCAUCAUCACCAACUGGGACGACAUGGAGAAGAUCUGGCACCACACCUUCUACAACGAGCUGAGAGUGGCCCCCGAGGAGCACCCCACCCUGCUCACUGAGGCCCCCCUUAACCCCAAGGCCAACAGGGAGAAGAUGACCCAGAUCAUGUUUGAGACCUUCAACGUCCCCGCCAUGUAUGUGGCCAUCCAGGCUGUGCUGUCCCUCUACGCCUCCGGCCGUACCACCGGUAUUGUGCUGGAUGCUGGUGAUGGUGUGACCCACAACGUCCCCGUCUAUGAGGGUUACGCUCUGCCCCACGCCAUCAUGCGUCUGGACUUGGCUGGUCGCGAUCUGACCGACUACUUGAUGAAGAUCCUGACCGAGCGUGGCUACUCUUUCGUCACCACCGCUGAGCGUGAGAUCGUGCGUGACAUCAAGGAGAAGCUGUGCUACGUGGCUCUGGACUUCGAGAACGAGAUGGCCACCGCUGCCUCCUCCUCCUCCCUGGAGAAGAGCUACGAGCUUCCCGACGGUCAGGUCAUCACCAUCGGUAACGAGAGGUUCCGUUGCCCCGAGACCCUUUUCCAGCCUUCCUUCAUUGGUAUGGAGUCUGCCGGUAUUCACGAGACCGCCUACAACAGCAUCAUGAAGUGCGACAUUGACAUCCGUAAGGACCUGUACGCCAACAAUGUGCUCUCCGGUGGUACCACCAUGUACCCUGGUAUUGCUGACCGUAUGCAGAAGGAAAUCACCGCCCUGGCCCCCAGCACCAUGAAGAUCAAGAUCAUUGCUCCCCCUGAGAGGAAGUACUCCGUCUGGAUCGGUGGCUCCAUCCUGGCUUCCCUGUCCACCUUCCAGCAGAUGUGGAUCUCCAAGCAGGAGUACGAUGAGGCAGGCCCCAGCAUUGUCCACAGGAAGUGCUUCUAAAUCCCUCGUCUGCCCCGGCUUCUCCGUCCUCUCCGCCACCAGCUUUGCGGAAUUCAAGCGAGGGAGAGAAGCAGGAGAAUCAACCUCUGCGGCACUGCAACAUUCUGCUGUCAAUGGACUACUGUCUGUCUGUGCUGUUGACAUUCUUAACUAUGCACUGUUUCAACAAAUGUGCAUAUUUUAUUGCUGUCUGUUGCCUGUGUUGUACGGAGAAAGGCUGUAAAAAAAAAACACCACUGAACCAUGCAUCCAACCAAAAAAUCACUUUAAUAAAAAAAUAACAACAACA